GUGACCAAGAGCUGACGUGUGCAGAAGUCCUUCUUGUUCUGGUCGUUGUUCCCGUCUGAGUACCAGCUCCCCAUUGCCCUGAGGGCGAGAGGGCCUGCUGCAGAGGGAAAAAGGAGGAGAAGAAGGAAGUCGUCCCGGAUCCCAGCAGGUCUCCGGAUUAGGAAAGAGUUUUACGUUCUGGGGACUGGUCCGUCCACCAAGCACUCACUAGUGGCUGCUUCCCGUCUUUCUGACUGUGGCUGUGCCUUCUGCACCAUGGCUCUGUGUAUAGUGCGUCCGAGGCUCUCCCGGGUUGCCAGUCUUUCCGUAGGUUGCGGCGCUACACUAGGCAAGAAAAGAGGAAGGAAAUUAACCCCGAUCGGUGAAGGUCGAUUCGAGGGUCGGCUGUAGCAGGUGGCACCACUUGAAGCGAGGGAGGAAGUUUCCUCGGAUCAGUAGAGAUUGCAAGGGUUGUUGGGCGUGGCACACCUCCAGGGGAGGGAAGAAGGGGUGGACUGCCUCUUUGGAGCAGGUCCAUCUCCAGUAUUAGCUACUGUGGCCUUGAAGUGGCUGAAGACACCACCGUCCACAGGCCUGUACCCAGGCCCAUAGCCCUCCUGUCCCAGCCUGAGUGACUGCUCUCUUCCUUGGUCCCUGCUGUUGUCAGGGACGGGUGCAUGGGCUCCGCCAGGAAAGUAGGCUGGGUGACUGCGGGACUGGUGAUUGGGGCUGGUGCCUGCUAUUGCAUUUAUAGACUGACUCGGGGAAGAAAACAGAACAAGGAGAAAAUGGCUGAGGGUGGGCCUGGGGAUGUGGAUGAUGCUGGGGACUGUCCUGGAGCCAGGUACAAUGACUGGUCUGAUGAUGAUGACGACAGCAGUGACAACAAGGGUAUAGUGUGGUACCCUCCUUGGGCCCGGAUUGGGACUGAGGCUGGGACCAGAGCUAGGGCCAGGGCAAGGGCCAGGGCCACCCGGGCUCGUCGGGCUGUCCAGAAACGGGCUUCGCCCAAUUCGGAUGAUACUAUUUUGUCCCCUCAAGAGCUGCAAAAAGUUCUUUGCUUGGUCGAGAUGUCUGAAAAGCCUUAUAUUCUUGAAGCGGCUUUAAUUGCUCUGGGUAACAAUGCUGCUUAUGCAUUUAACAGAGAUAUUAUUCGGGAUCUGGGCGGUCUCCCAAUUGUUGCAAAGAUUCUCAAUACUCGGGAUCCCAUAGUUAAGGAAAAGGCUUUAAUUGUCCUGAAUAACUUGAGUGUGAAUGCUGAAAAUCAGCGCAGGCUUAAGAUAUACAUGAAUCAAGUGUGUGAUGACACAGUCACUUCUCGCUUGAACUCGUCUGUGCAGCUGGCUGGACUAAGAUUGCUUACGAAUAUGACUGUUACUAAUGAGUAUCAGCAUAUGCUUGCUAAUUCCAUUUCUGACUUUUUUCGUUUAUUUUCAGCGGGAAAUGAAGAAACCAAAUUUCAGGUUUUGAAACUCCUUUUGAAUUUGGCUGAGAAUCCAGCCAUGACUAGGGAACUGCUUAGGGCCCAAGUACCAUCUUCACUGGGCUCCCUCUUUAAUAAGAAGGAGAACAAAGAGGUUAUUCUUAAACUUCUGGUCAUGUUUGAGAACAUAAAUGACAAUUUUAAAUGGGAAGAAAAUGAACCUACUCAGAAUGAAUUCAGUGAAGGUUCACUUUUUUUCUUUUUAAAAGAAUUUCAAGUGUGUGCUGAUAAGAUUCUGGGGCUAGAAAGUCACCAUGACUUCUUGGUGAAAGUAAAAGUUGGAAAAUUCAUGGCCAAACUGGCUGAGCAUAUGUUUCCAAAGAGCCAGGAAUAAGCUUUUGAUCUUGUAGUUUAGAACAACACAAGUUGUAAACUAUUCCUUUUCUCCACCUUGUUUAUAUGGUAAAGGAAUCCUUUCAGCUGCCAAUUUUGAAUAAUGAAUAUCAUAUUGUAUCAUCAACACUGAUAUUUAUCUGAGUUGGUCUUCAGGUCUAAGCUGGAUGAGUGGCUAUCACUGCCUGUACUGAAAACAUGUUUGUUGCUUUUUAUCUCGCUGCCUAGAUUGAACUAUUUUUACUAUUUCUUCUGCAUAAGUGACAGUGAACCAAUUUGUCAUAAGUAAACUCCCUCCUGUCAUUUGCAUUGACUUCAUUUCUGUAUCAUCAACAAAGUUAUGUGUUAAUGCUGGAAAGAAAGAAAUAAGAAAGGAAGAAACCAUCCUUGUCCUUUGGGUUAUAAUCUAGUUGGAGAGAUAGGAAAAACACAAACAAAAAAUAACUGAGAAUAUCUGGAGCAUAUACUCGUUGUCAAAUGUGUGCUCUCAGAGCACAGGGGAAGCAUAGGCUUCUGAGGGAUAUAGUAGUCAGCCACAGAUUCAUGGAGGAAGAUUCAUGAGUCCUGAAUAGGGUGGGUAGUUAGGACAUUCCAUGAGAUUGGAAUGAGGAGGGACUGGUGUGAGAAAGGCAUAGAUGUAGGAACUCUCUUCUCUGACAAUGAGGAGACUAGUCUGCUUAGAGUGGAGAGUGGGGAAUGGAAGCAAAUGAAUUUGGAAAGCCGGGUGAUGACAGUUUGUGGAGAGCUAUUUGAAUAUUAUCCCACUGAACACCAAGGGCCAUUAAAUAUUUUCGGCUAGAAAGAAUAAUUGGAAUUCAUAUAAAAGUCCCUCUCUCAUCUAUUGUGCAGUGUCCAUGAGGAUAUGGCCAAAUGGACCCUUUCAAACCCUGGUGGUAAGAAUGAGUUUACACUGGCACAAGGUUUGUGGAGGGCCUUUUGGUAAUACAUAAGCCUUAAAAUAUGUAAACCCCUUUUUCCUAAGGAAAUGAUCAAAUAAUUGGCCAAAGACAAUAUGUAUAAGGCUGUUCAUCCCAGCAUUGUGACUAAAAUAGUGAAAAUUGGAAAUAAUUCAAGUGUCUGGUACACUGGAUUGGUUAAAUAAAUUAAGGAAAGCUCAUACAGUAUAUGAUAAAUAUGUCGAUUCAAAUCCACUUUUGCCAGGAAAAGAUAGUCAUAAUUCAUUGGUAAGUGAGAAGGGUAGGUUAGAUAGCCAUACUCAUAGUGUGAUUCCAUUUUUUUAUAAUAAUAAAACAUAUGUUCAAGUAGACAUAAAAAAACUCUGGAAUUACAGACACCCAAAUAGUAACACUAUUUAUCUUUGGGUGGAAGGAUAAUGAGUGAUCUUUAACUUUUUGCUUUUUAUUCAUGUAUGUACUCUUAUUUAUCUAAAAUGAAUAUUGAUUUUUCAGAAAUUUUUGAAAAAGGAAAGUGUUGGGAAUGAAGCAAGUGAUUGGAGCAUGUACUGAGGGGAAAAAAUGUUUAGAUAAAACAUGAGAGGGAUUGGAGUUUCCUCUGAAAUGAUAGCUGAGUAGUGAAGAUGGGACUCAUUGUGAGAAUUAAAUGAAGUAAUACAUGCCAAAUACUUAGACUGUUCUGGCACAUAGCAGUUAGUUAAGAAAAAUGAGCACCCUUAAUUCCCUAGAAUGCAGGGUGGAUAGUGAUUUUGGUUGACCUUUGUUUUGCUGGGGGCAUUCUGCCAUGUGUCAGUGUCAUUUAAUACAUAAUAACAACAAUAAAGGUUAGCAUUUAUUAAGACACUACUGUGUAGAGUUAUGUCAUUCCUGCAAUGCAACUGCUAAAAUAAUAUCUCAAAGGAAUAGGGUUUUCUUAUUUCUAAGGAGUCAAAGUGUAUCCUCAGAUAUGAUCUCACCAGCCCCCACAACAUAUUCCUGGUUGGUUUAGGGAUGUUAUCCUUCUUUAAAUGAGGCCAGGAAAAGGUAAAAUCUUCUAUUCACUUAUGAUCUGGUUUUAGCCCUAGGCUUCCAUAUGGUGACCCUACUGAAUCAUGCACAUGUGGGGACUCAUUUAACACCAGAGUGGGGUGGGGGAAAAGGGAACUAAAAUUUUUCUUGCUCUAUUAUUAGGAGGAAAAGAUUUGGGAGGGGACAGCUAAUCCCCUCAAAAUAAAUUGAGUUUGAGGUACCUGUGUGACAUUCAGAUGGAGACACCCUAUUGUCAUUUGAAUGUGUUGACCUGGUGCUCAGAAGAGAAGACUAGGCUGCAAAUAAAGAUUUGGGAGCCAAAAGAGGAUGAAUGAUAAUUUAGGAUAUAGGAGUGGGUGUGAUCCCCAGAGAGAGGGUGCAGAAUGUAGGAGUGAAGGGAUGGAGAAAGAACUGUGUAAAGGAUUGUCAGCUGGGGAGAGAGGAGCAGAAUUGAAACUGACUGUAUACCCUUCCAGACACUUUUAUUAUCCAUAUACCUAUAUAUUACAGACAUAAAACUACACAACACUAGAUAAGCUUUCAGAGUCUGAUUCAAAAAUUUUCUAUUUCUUUCCUAAAAAAUUCAUUGGAGAUAGUUGAGAAAAUAGAGGCAAUGAGAACAAACUUGUCCCCUGACCCAGUUAUGUAGUUUGAACAUCUAAAAAAAAAAUUGUAUCAAGUAAAGUUGAACACGGGGUAUUGAGUAACGUGGGUGCCUGGGGUAUAAAUGAGGUUAACCUGAGUAACAUAAAGCCACCUUGAGUCAGGGGCACAGGCCAGCCCAGUGUCCAUCUGUUCUCCAGUCUCUCUUCUCCUCUCCUUCCUUCCCUCUCCCUCCCUCACACUUCUCCCUUUAUUUCCUCCUCCUGGCACAUCAUCGGAAGUGCUCUCUCUGUGCUUCUGUGUCUUUUGGGGUGAUUGUUUAAUUCCCAUGACACCAAGUCAUGCACCAGUGGACCUUUAAUACAGAGUAAUAGUUAUCCUGGCUGUGGCAAUAUGGUGCCCUGGGUGUGACUGGAUGUCAAGAUUUUUUGGAACGCUUGUUGAACAGAGACUGAGAAGGAAUGAGUCUUAGCAGUGUGGCACAGUGCUGUGUGCUCUGCAUGUACUGAUGUCAUCCCACACUCGGUAGCUUUUAGAACCGAAUCACCUGGGCUUUGGGGAGUGCUUGUGAGGCAAAGGUGUGGCUGCCUGGUCCAGGCAGGCCACAUGGCUGGCCCAGCCACACGCUGACGUCCCAAUGCUGUCAUAUCUUGAGGGAUGCCUCUCAGUCACUUUGGGAAGGGCACAGUGCUAGGACUGCGGCUGCUCCGGGGGACAGAGAGAAUGGAAGCUCCUGGGAAACCAAGGGAAUUAGAAACUCAGAGGAUAACUUGCUGUUUGGGUUCUGUGCUCAUCUAACAGUUUCAGGAAUUUAAGUGGUCUAUCCCUGUCAAAUGUGUUCAAAGGCAACUUUACAAUGAUGAAGUACAGUUUUCAUAUAAAUUGUCACCUGAAGCAUAAUAUUUCAAGGCUCAGGAAACUAGUUUUCUUUUUUUAAAUUCAUAUUUUACUUGCCUUGGUUCAAAAGAGAUUUAGCAAAUUGAUGUGGUUCAGGCAUCUUCUGUAUUUAUGCCUCUGGUUAAUUUCUCUGCUAAAUUCCCUUGAAAAUGGCUUUUUAAAGAAUGAUGAUGCUAUUUUCAAAGCUAUCUUUGUACAUUCAUUUUACAUCAUAUCCCAACUGAAGGCCUUUUCUGCUUUCUCUGUUUAAACUGUGGCUCUUCCUUGCCUUUAAAUCGGAACUAUCUUACUGCUUUCUUGGGGUACAGAACACUAGGGUAAUGGCCCCUGCUCUGUCCUGCCCUGUAGUAUUAAGCAGGAUAACAGAUAUUUACUUUUCACAAUAGUAUGUCUCCACACUUAACCCUCGUCACUGGGUUUCUCUCAGGCCUUGUGUUAAGGGCUUGGACAAUGUGUGUGUUUGGGGAUAGGUCUCGGGGGAGGGAGAAGGCCGGGGGCAGGAAUGGGAGCCUUAUUGGAGGGGUAACCAUAUCCUUACAGGUUCAUGCCCAUGUAAUUUAAUCCAGCAUUGAGAGCUGGCUCAGUGUAACUCUCUAGCCCUGUUGACCAUUCACAUUUUAAGAAGUGAAAUAGUAGGUGUAAUACAAGCAUCUUUGUUUGGAUAUAGAGCUGCUUGUUAACUGAGAAUUUCUAAGUUUACAGAGGCUGUCACAUGUUAUUAAAUGGGGUGGAAUUUCUUUUUGAAAAUGAAAACCAUGAUAAUUUAUGGUACUGUAAGAAAUAUAAUUAUCAAGUAGACUGGAUUCUUUGUGAUUACUGCUCAGAACAUUCUUUCGUUAAGAUAAGUCUACAUUAGUAACCAAGUUAUCAUCAGAAGGUUGUUUAUAUAGUGCUCAGGGAAUCAGGGAAAGCUGACUUAGCUGGAUGUGGGUGCCCACCGACUAUGAGAACCUGGUGCAUUGUCUGUUAUGGGGAUUGACUUGUUGCUGAAAUCAAAUACUUGAAUUCAAGAGCUAGAGCACAUUUCUCCCUGGACACAAUUAUGAAUUUUGUCUGCCCAGAUGCCCCUUUGCCAGGGGCAGAGCAUCAGUAGAUGGUAGUAUAACCAUUAAGAUGUAUUAUCAAUUACAUUUCAGAGUUUGAGAGAUAUAUACUUUUACAGCAAGAGAAAAUGGUAGUAUUUGCAGUGGUUUUUCGCCUACAUGUUGAUUAGUGACUCCCUUUUCUGUUUUUUUUUUGUUUGUUUGAUGAGUAAUGAUAACUUGUUACUAAGUUUUUUUGAAACCCAAGCAAAGUGAAUUGUCACCUCUUUAGUUAUUUUUCCAUUUCCAUUUUCAGUUUUAUCUCGCUAAAAUGUGAUUUGUCUGCGUUAAUGUUAAUUUUUGUGGCUUUCUUUCAAUAAACUGUAAUGAAAAUACAGACAUAAUGAAAUGGAUCCAGAAAACAAAACUUUUAAUUUUUACUUUCUUGUAUUAUUUAAAAUGAGUUAAAUGGAUUUUCCUUUUGAUAUUAGAAAAGAUGGAAUCUACGCAAGACCAAAUAAAACAGACAAUAUUUAAAAUAUUUUAUAAAUCUUAAAUCCAUACAAACUUGGAAAAUGAUUUUUUUAUAAUCAGUUAUUAUUUAACAUUAUCAGUCACCAACUCUUGUUAAGUGGGUCCAUGUAAUCUAUAGCGAAAAAUUGGAAGUAUUACAUUUCACUGUGUCACUUAUGAAAAUUCAAUAAAUUUGAGUUGAUUUUCUUCCAAUAUAAAGGUUAAGCCUUUAUGUUAGGAAUAUUGUAACUUGUGUCUCUCUAUACAUAUGUUUCAUGCAUAUGUAAUCACAUUUGUUAAGGUGUAUGGUUAAAAUUGGGGAAAUAUUAAGAUGUUAGCAGCAUCUUGGAAUUGUUUUCGGCUAUUUAUUAACUACUGAUAGAAGUCCCAGAUAUUUCUUUCAGCUUAGAAUGGGGAAAAAUUAAUGUCUGGGGAAGAAGGCCAUAGUAUAGCCUCUGCAUUGGUCGACAGAAUAAUGCAUCCAAACUGGAUGUUUGACUACCACUCUGAGAGGGUAUUUUUCACAGUGAACUCCAUUUUAAUUUGCUUUAUUGUGUUUUCUUGAACCAUAGAAGUAAUUCAUGCAUAUUAAAAAUUGAGACAGAUAAAUGUAUAAAUUAAAACAAACCUGCCCUCUUUUCACCCAUCUUUACAGUUACUUAUUUACCAGCCUAAUGUUCUCUAUGCAUAUACAAAUAUAAAUGAUAUACAUAUUCACAUUUAUAUCAGAAAAUGAACUCACAGUACAUAUAUUGUUCUGUUUUGCAACUUUUUUUUUAACUUAAAUAAAUCAUGUGCAUCUUUCCGUGUAUAUCCUGCCUCAUUUACCUUUUUUCAUUGUGUCUUUCUCUGUAGAUGAUCUUCAUUUUUAGGUGGUCAUAUCACUCAGCCUUUCCCUUCAGGGCUUUGAGGUUUUGGGUCAUGCUGAGAUGGGCUUUUUCUACCACAAGCUUAAAAAGAAUUUUAAAUAUUUCCUUCAUGUUUUUAAAAAUAGUUCUCUCUGUGUAUGUUUGUGUGGUGUGUGUGUAUGUUUAACCCUUUUGGUAUAUACUUUUGUGUAUGGUAUGAAGUAGCAAUGUAACUUUACUUCUUUUUCCUGGUCCCAGACAUUGAAUAUGCCAUCUUUUCCUCCACUUCUUGGCAGCACUUUUCAUACAUCAGUUAGUCAUAGGUUAUUUACAAAAUGUUAGUUUUCUCUAUAAAUGGAAACAUUAUUGCUCUUUUUUGCUAUCUUUGAGGUAGGAUUCACUGAGGACUGCUGGUGAAGCUCUGUAUCACAGAACCAGUUUUGUUAAAGAUGGAAUUAAUGGUCUUGCAUUGUGAUACUAGUAAUUUAUUUGGUUAUGGGUCUAUUUUGAAGACACUUAAAACACCAAAAGGAUAAAUACAAUGCACUUUGGGCUGUGAAAAUGUCACAAUUUGUGAAAGGUAGUCUAGCAGGUAACUUACAUGAGUGUGGCAACACUUCACUCAAAACAAUCUUAAUGUUGUCAUGGGACGACAAUGAAUGAGCUAAUCAGUGUAUUUGCAAGUUUGAAAAUCUGCCAGCUGGUUCAGUCUUCCAAGCAGGAGAGUUAUUAUAUAUUGUUGUGUAUGCCUUAGAACUAAAGAUAAGAAACUUGUCUAUUUGAAACAUGGAAUGAACUGUCAGAUCUAGAAGGCUUGAGCACUAUGAAUUAAGAUAUUUUGGUGGACACUUAGAAGUUAAAGUAAUCUGCUUAUCAAAACACUGAAAGAGCUACAGAUUAAAAUUUAUAAAACACAUUUGGGUACAAAAACAAGAUAAUAUAAUAAAAUGAAAUAAAUAUUGAUGGGACAUUGACACUGAGACAACUGUUGGAAAUAGCAAUUGAUAAAAACAUUCUGUGGAUGAGUUUUAUAGAUGAUAUUCCUUUCACCAGUAAUAUAUGUCCUUUUAAGCAAAAGAAAUAAGAAAAUAAUGUUAGUACAUGGUCUCUAUAGUGCAACAAUCCCCAAAAACCUGCUAAAAUAGAAGAAAGCCAUUUUUUUAUAUUUAUCUUAUGUUUUGCCACCUCUUCUAAUUUGCUUAUUGACUGUCAUCUUAAGUCCUUUGUGUUUUACACAAACACAAUCAUAUCAGUUGUAAAUAAAAAUUAGUUUUAACUUUUUUCAGUUUUACACUAUUUUCCUACCUUACUGCAAUAGCUUUAAUCUCCAAAAGUACACUGAGUAAAAAUAGAAAUUAUAGAUGAUCUUGACUUGCUCCUGGUUGAAGUAGAAAUGACUUUGGCAUUUCAUGGUUAGAAUGAGGAUUGUUGUUGAUUGUUGGUAAGAAGCCUUUCAAUAUUUAAAUUAUUCCCUCCUAUUCAUGUUAGUAUCCAUUGGUAGUAGCUAAUUUUUUUUCCCCAAUGGCUUUUCAGUAUCUAUUGAUAGAAACAUACUUUUUCUCCUUUAAUUUUUUAUGAAAUAUAUUGAUAGAAUUCCUGAUUUUGACCAUAUUUGCUUUUGUGGAUCAAUCUCUACUAGGUUAUAGUAUAGCUUUUUUCUUGCCAAACUUCUGGGUUCUGUUUGUUUAUGUGUCUUAUAAUUUGCUAAUAUUUUAUUUUGAUUUUUACAUUUAUUAUUAAUACUUGCUUUCAGUUAUCUUUUAUGUACUAUCUUUAACAGGUUGUGGUCUCAGGUUUGGUAGCUUUAUAAAAUUCAUUAGUGAACUUUCAAUUUCUUUCCUCUUUUCUGGUAGAGUUUAAAUAACGUUGGUAUUAUCUCUUCCUUAAAGGUUAAAUAAAACUAAGCAGCAAAAACAUUUGAUCCUGGUUCCUUUUCAGUGGUAGAUCUAUAAUCACAUUUUCAAUCUUAUUUCUAAUAAUUUUUCUGCUCAAAUUCCCUGUUUCUUGGGCUAAUGUUCGUAACUUCUAUUUUUUGGGCCAAUGGUUAGGAAAUCAUCCAUUACUUUUAGACUUUAAAAUUUUAUGUCAUAGAUUUGUACAUUAAGUUAUAAUUCUUUUAAUUGCAUCUGUUUAUGUAGUUAAACCCUUUAUCAUUCAUAUUUAUAUAAGUUUGUUUUCGCUCUGUUUUUACUUAGCUGUACUCAUGAAGAAUCUGUUCAUUUUAUUGGUCUUUUCAAAGAACUAGGUUUUUAUUUAUUGCUUCUACAAUUGUUUUUCUUGGUCAUUAUUUUGGACUUUACUAAUUUUUUCUAUUUUGUUUUUUUUGUUGUGCUUUUCUUAUUCUCCAAUAACAGUGCUUAUUUCUUUUGUUUAUGGUCUUAUUGAAUAAUAAUGGUAAUUAAGACUAUUUUUCUCUGAGUACAGUUUUAACCAUGCCCCAUUGGCUUUAAUAUGAUGUAUUUUCCUUUUCUUAUAGCUUGUGAUUUUAUUUUUAAUUUCCUCUUUGACCCAGGGAUUAUUUUGGAGAACAGGGCUAUAUUAUUAGGCAGCUACAUUUUAUGGUGAUAUUUUGUUAUUUAUUUCGAAUUUUAUUGUUACGAGGAUAUGCCUGUAAGUUCUCUCAUUUUUAGAAUGUAUUCUUUUUUUUAUUUCAUCUGACUGUAUUUUUUAAUUUGAAAAUCAUCUUUUACAAUCCCAGAAAUUAUUUUUCCUGCUUUAAUUAUAUUCCUUUCAGCACUGUUUCUGUUUAUUUUGCUAAAGAUUAUAUCUGACUCCUUUAAUAGUUCUAUUUCAGUGGGAGAUAAUAUAAAGUUUGAAGUACAUACAAUGGAUAUGAAUAGUCGCCUAUAGAAGUAACACAAGAGACUGGAGAAGUUUAGAAAAUGGGAAACUCCAAGGAAGGUCUCCUGUGAGACCUCCCUUGGAGGCCAGACCGGGAUUUGAUUGAAAUUUUACUGAAGUUGAUUUCAUGAUUCUGCAUUUAUUUCUCAUUAUAUCUACAUUUCCUUCUAACAUUGUUUCUUAGACAUACCUAGUGAUGCUUACUAAGUGGUAGAUUAAAGAUUCUUCAGAGAGUAUUUGACUGUUACUCAUAAUUCAUCUGCUUCCCCUACCCCUUCCAGACAUUAGCACAGUGCUGCCAUUAUUUUAUAGUGCUGUACAUUGAUCACUUUAGUUGUAGCUUAAAAAAGCGGUGUUCAGAAUUUAUUGCCUAGGAGAAAGCAGGGUGCAAGCAAAUAAGCUGUGUGUAGGAACUGUGGCUUGACCAACAAGUGAUACCAUAUCCCAAUGAGGUCAUCUUGCUUAUGUCUUCAAGAGAAACCUCUCAAUAGUCAGAAAGAAGAAAAUAUGCAAUGAUUUACAAGGGAUGGGAUGACAGACACUGAAAACUAUUGAACAUUUCCAUGUACUCUUUCACUGGAAUCCUGGAAAGAGGGUUCUAUUUCCUCCUUUCCUUGAAGAUGGUUUCUUGUUUAUUCUUAAAAAAUGGAGAUUUAAUAUUGCACUGGGGUUAAUAAAUAUAUACAUGUAUGAUAGAAUAUUAUGUUUUAGAUAUAAAGUUACAUUCUUGUUUUUCUCUCCCACAAUAUUUCUAACUUUUCUAUUUUACCCAUUCCUUUCUUCAGGAAAGGUUUAGGUAAGGGCUUUGUGAUUUCCCAAAGCCCUAAUACAUGAAAACAUCAUGCUAGGUAUAGUUAAAGUUAAUGCUCUACAUUAAGAUGUCUAAUUCUGGUUUUGUUUGUAUUCAGUCUGCCCAAGACUCACUGUGUUCAAUAUGAAGACUCAUGUCUUACUUUUUUGUUGAAAAUUAUGCCACAGUCUCUUCAAACAUUGCUUUGUCCUCAUUCUAUCUAGUCUCUAUGGAACGUCUUUCAGGCAUAUUUUGAUACUUACCAUUCCUUCUGCCAUGUAACUUCUCAUUUCCUUCUGUCUUAUAACUUCUCAUUUAUAUUUUGCACCACUUCCUCUUUUUAUGCUGCAUUCUGUGUGAUUUCUUGAGAUUUAUCUUUGAAUGUCUUAAUAAUCUCUUGCUUUUGAGUUAACCUCUGCUAGGGCCAUACAAGUUUUACCAGUUCCAGAUUAUUUUUGUUACUUUAUGUCCUUUGGGUUCUCCAACACGUAGGAACUAUGAAUUCAACCCCACACCUAUGGGUGCAGCUGGCCUGGGUUCUGAUUGCUUCCAAGGGACUCUUUAUAUACCCACCACCUCACAUAUAAGACAAGCUUCCUUGUCAUAUAUUUUUGCUGUAAGAAAAGAUUUUCUAGUUAUUACUUCAUGUAUUGUCUGUGCUUCUGUGGGGUUUGGACUUAGACAGGAGCUCAGUGCCAGCUUCCCAUCUUCCACUGUCUAGAGGCAUUGUUUCCAGUUGCCAUGUGGGAUGAAACCCUGAUCCUCAGCCCUUAAAGCCAAUAUCCAUCUGUUUUUAUCUCCUGCUCAAUGUUAGUCCCUUCUUUGUUUUUGGGAAUCUCCACUUGAUGAUGAUGAGCUUUUGAAAGAGGGGAUUCAUAUUCUAUCACUUCUGUGAGCUUCAAAUAUGAAGGAGGAAACUUUCCAAGUCAUUUCAGUCUUGUUUUGCCUAGAAGUUCCUGGUAGGUUUGUUGGAUUGGAUUGUGUAGGUGAUUUGUGUUAUGCCUUUUAAUAGAUACCUGGGGGGAUGGCCUUUUUAGUACUUCCAGCAAAAUAGUAUAGGGUCUUACCAAUCUUUCUGUAACCCAGCAUAGUAAUGUCAGAGGAACAAGAGGGAAAGUCUAAUCAUUCAAAGAUGACACAGAAGCAGAUAGACAGCCACUAUAUCUAAAGGGGCUACAAAGAAGCAAUGAGAGUGGUGAAUUAUGUGAAACAGUAAGCAUUCUUGAAUUUAGACACAGCCUUGGAGAAAACAGGUCUUGAACUGAUACCAUUUCAGUCACCCCCAUGGAAUGAGAAGACAAAAUGAAAAUUAUAUGACUAUUGCCAUAGAAAAUAAAACUUGGGUGUCUUACAUACUUGAGUUUGUGGGCUGAGAUUUACUCGUUACAUAUAAACACACACAUAUGCUCAUACAUAUCUGUAUAUGGAUAGUAAAACAGCUGGAAGGUUAUAGCACAAAGUAUUAGCUAUGGCAUUCUGUAGCAGUGAGAUUAUAAGACAUUUAUAUUGUAUUUUGUGCUUAGUUAACUAUACUUUUUCCUAUUUUCAGCUCAAAUUUUACUUUCUUAGGGAAUUUAUUUCCGUCCACUCUCUACCCCUUCAGAGUGUGUCUUGAUCUUCUGCUAUAUACUUGUGCAAACCUGUGUUCUAUUUCUUCUUUGUAUGUUCACAGAAUUGUAAUUAUACAUACACUUGUGUGAAUAUUUGAUUAAUGUAUAUCCCUUACUAGUGUCUGUGAGCUUCAUGAAUACAAAGACCUUGUCUGUUUUUUUUACCAUUGUAUUCUCAGUACCAUGCAUAAGCACUCAAUAAAGACUUAUUAAAUGAA